AUGCACAUAAUCUUGACGGGAACGGGUCUGGUGGGCGCCUGCGCGCUCGACUUCCUGCUGCAGGAGGAUACUGUGACCAAAGUCACCAUCAUCAGCCGGAAAGCCGUACCGCAGGCAGAGGGCCACGACAAGGUCACCGUCCUGAUAGAGGAGGACUUGGGCCGCUACAGUCCAGAGACACUCCAGCGUCUUUCCGGCGCCCACGGCUGUAUCUGGACAUUGAGGCUGACGGUUCUGUUUCCGGGCCUUAGAGAAUACGAGGCGGCUCACAUUGACCUGCCGGUUGCUGCUGCCAAGAGCUUCGCCAGGCUGAACGACAAGUUCAACUUUGUCUAUGUAUCGCAUGACCAGAUCCACACACCGAAUUCGCGCUGGGUGUUCUUCCUCGACGUCAAGUCGCAGGCCGAGGAGGUUCUGUUCCAGCUGCAUCAUGACACCAGCAAGAGGCUGCCACUGGUCGAACGGCCGGGGAAACCGCUCCCAAACGAGGAAGCCGUGCCAUCGCUGCGGAUCUACUGCGCACGUCCGAUGCUCAUUGACUACCGGCAGCACGAGGCUGUCAAGCCCUGGCUCAAGCCGCUCACGCUGGGCAAGAAGUGGAGCAACUGGGUUGGCCUGCCAGUCUAUUCCUUCUUCGGCAUGACGUCCAUGAUUGGCGACUCACGGGAGCUCGGCAGGGUGCUCGUGGACCUUUCUUGUGGCGAUGGGGAAGACAUCCACGUGGAAGGGGUGUCUCCUGAAGGCAGGUGUCUCGGUGUCGUGGGGACGAGGAACUGGUGCAAAGAGCGCGUAUCGCUGAAUGCCUCCGGCGGGAAAUGA